UUCUUGUAUUAAAUGUCAAAACUAUAUUGUCAUAGCUUUAUGAUGUUGCCGAAUGGGGUGCAUUUGUAUAGUGUUGAGUUGAUUCCUUGUGUUUUUGGAUAUGGAACUAGAAGUUGAGACAAAUUGCCAACCAAUUUUAGAACAUAUAGUUGAGCAAGCUAGCUAGCACAAGUAUCUUGCGUCGUUUUCAGGAAAAGUGAUGGGAGAAAGCAAAAUAUCUUGCAUCAUUGUUGUGUUGUGGGUCAUAGAAUUAUAUAGGAGCUGUACGUGAUCAAACUCUACCAUAUGAUACGAUGAUGUCUUAUCCUUUUCCCUUACCUUCUUCCUCUCACACUCAUUAUUCCAUCAUCAACAACAUGGCCACUGUUGCAUCUGCAUGUCUUCCUUCCUACAUCAUCAAAAACCCACUGGGAUUUCACCCUUCAAACCUCCACAAGUGUUUCUCUAAGUCUAAUGCCUCCACUUCCACUCUCACAUGCAAGGCAUCAUCAUCAUCAGAUGGACUUUGACUUGUAUGACCUUCUGGGCAUUGACAACUCCUGUGAUCAGUCUCAAGUCAAAGUCGCGUAUUGCUCUCUUCAGAAGCGCUGCCACCCUGACAUUGCUGGCCCUGCUGGCCAUGACAUUGGUUAUUUUUGUUGGCUUGAUAAUUCCUAAAUAUGGUGAAAAUCAUUGCCCUUUAUUGUGUGAGUUCAGGAGGUGGGUUUAAUAAUGUUCUAGUAAUUGGGGCGGAUGCUCUUUCACGAUAUGUUGAUUGGACAGACAGAGGGACCUGUAUUCUUUUUGGGGAUGCUGCUGGUGCUGUACUAGUACAGGCCUGCAACAGUGAAGAAGAUGGUUUAUUUGGUUUUGAUUUGCAUAGUGAUGGCAGUGGUCAAAGGCACUUGAAUGCUUCCAUUAAAGCAAACAAGUCAAAUAAUGCAUUGGAUUCAAAUGGUUCUGUGGUUGGCUUUCCUCCCAAGCAGUCCUCAUAUUCAUGCAUUCAAAUGAAUGGCAAAGAAGUCUUUCGCUUUGCUGUAUGAUGUGUACCACAGUCAAUUGAAUCUGCCCUUCAAAAGGCUGGUCUCCCUGCAUCUAGCAUUGAUUGGCUACUUCUCCAUCAGAAACCAUGGAAGGGAGAACGGGACUCUUGUUUCUUGUUGUAUUAGGUGCUGCUUGGGCAUGUGAUUCAAAGGAACUGACUAACUCUGGCACUUCCGAACUAAGCAUAAAACCGGAUGUGUGUGCACUUUGUGAGGAAUAUAUUACCAAGGCACUUGAUUAUCUACAUGAAAACAAGACCGAGACAGAGAUCAUUAAUAUCCUGCACAACACUUGCCACCAGCUUCCCUCUUUCAUGCAGAAGUGUGUUGCUUUGGUGGACUUUUAUGCUCCUCUUUUCUUCUCUGAAGUAGCUACAAUUCAGCCUGGAGAAUUCUGCCACAAGGUCAAUCUCUGUCAGAACAUUGCAUAUAUUGGCUUGAAAGUUCAAGAUGAUAGCUGUGAGUUUUGCCAAGAUACUGUUUCAACUCUAUUGGAAAAGUUGAAGGAGACUGAUACUAAGGUAAAUCAUCUCAUGUUUCUGCUACUCCAAUUAAGUGUUGCACUGUGAGGUGAAAUUUUACUUCGUCUGUCCGGAUGUGAAGAAACUUUUUCUAUAGUUUUUACUUCUACACGGCUUUCAUCUACCACAAAACUUUGAUGGUUGUUUCAUACUUGAAUUACUUCCACAGUUUUAAAAUGAUUGUAUGGAUAUUUUGAUUGCAAAUUAGACUUUCUUUUAUGGUUUCAAUCAAAUCAAAAAGGAAUCUUGUUAUAAUGUUCAGGGGUAGGAGCAUAUGGAUGUAUAUACACAAUAUUUCAUUUUAUAUAUGAGUGGAAAAAAAGGAAAAAUAUAUGUAAUAUGUGGAUUUCUACCAUCUUUGUUCUCUUAAAACACAAUCUUUACUUUGACCACUCUAAUAUCGUAAUCCUAGUACUACCCCUGCUUGGUUUAGAUUUUUUACCAUGCAGAGAAAAUCCUAGAGACGACAGAUAUAUGCACUAUAAUACAUUCCUGCAGAUCUUCAGAUGUAGCUGGACAGCAAGCAUUUCUUUCAGUCUCUUAAUUAUAGAAACAAAGCUCUACAAGAUUUAUGCUUCACUUGUUGGCUGAAAAAGAUUGCCAUAUAUUCAAUGUAAUAAGGGGGAGGGAGAGUACAAAUUCAAUAUAUUAUCAGUGUAAAAUUCUUAAUACUAUCUAAGUUUCUAAUUAUGUGUCAGCACACCAUUAAAAAGGUUGAAACUUUCUACGUA